AUGAACAAUUAUUUCAUAGCUGUUCUCCGCUCGCGCGCUCUUGCUGUCCGCGAAUCCUGGAUCAAUGCCAUGGAGGGCCGUAUCAUUCAAAAGGAAUUGAAGAAGUGUCAUCGUGCUGAGGGCGUUAACCACUACCAAAACUGCCGUCACCUCGUUGAACUGUACAUGAAUGCUCUCAAGGAGAAACGUGUCGAGGGAUGGAGAAAGGUUGAGAAGCACCAUGAGGAGUCUGCAUAA